UUUACAGAAAAGGCUACUUAUGUUUUUGGCCUGAUAAUGCAAAUACUUUCAAAAUGUUUUAUUUGCUAACUAGCUUUUAGUUUCGUUCUCGUAUCUAAAGUUAGAGAUUAACUUACUAUUCUUGUAUUACGAUAACGUUUUGAAUGAACAUGUAAUGAUGCAAGGGUGUAACCAAAAAUGAUAAAACUUUGGGGUCAAUUUGAUAAUAUUGACUAAUAGUGUGGGGCUUGACAAGAACCGGAAACUCCAUGAUAUUUUUGCAGUCUAAAUAUCUUUUCAUCUCUCUUCUCUUCCUCCACUGAAAUAUUCCCCACAAGAACUAACAAUGAUAAUGAGAAGCGCGUCUUCACUGGACCUUAACCUACGCGCCGCCCAGAAACCGUCUGUUCCAAGGGUGGUAACCACGGCUCGAACCGUCUCUGCUGCUACUCCUCGUGUUGCUAAACCGAUUACAAGAGCUUCUUCAGAUGGAAACCUCUACAAGAUUCAGUCGCCGGAGAGCAUAACGAAAACCAUCAGCGUAUAUCACGAAGAAACGGCGUCUUUGAGGGUUUUGGAAGGAUCUCGACUCCCCCAAGGAGGUUCCAACGGUGGAUUUGGUGGUAGAGGCGGAGAUGGUGCCGGAGGUGGCGGUGGAGGUGGAGGUGGGAGCGUAGAUGGUUAUUACGAAGAGAUGAUCCAACGUUAUCCCGGAGACACUCUCCUUCUCUCUAACUACGCUCGUUUCCUCAAAGAGGUGAAAGGAGAUGGGAGAAAAGCGGAGGAGUACUGUGAGAGAGCGAUGUUGUCUGAGAGUGGAAGAGAUGGAGAGUUACUGUCUAUGUAUGGAGAUUUGAUAUGGAAAAAUCAUGGAGACGGUGUUCGUGCUCAGUCUUACUAUGAUCAAGCUGUUCAAUCUUCUCCUGAUGACUGUAAUGUUCUUGCGUCGUAUGCUCGGUUUCUAUGGGAUGCUGAAGAAGAAGUGGAAGAGGAAGAGAGUAAACAUCAUGAGGAUGGUUUCUCUGACUCUACCUAUAACCCAUCUGUAUCAGUUGUGUCUUGACUCUUUGUGCUGAUGUUAAACCGGUGUAAUACAAUGAAAACUCAAAGGUCCGGUUUAAUCAGGAAAAUAUCUUCUGCACACAUUGAAGUAGAUUGAUGCUAAUGUGUAUCAAAAGGUCCAAAGCCGCAUUAUUGUUGCAAAAUGCGGAUUGCAAAGAAGAUAAUAGUGGUUUGUGUCCUUAGGUUUAGAGCUAAAAAAGGUGUGAAAAUGAGACUUGUGAGCGAAUCAAUUAUUGAUCAAUGGUUACGAGAGAUGUCACGCUCAACUGUCGUUAUGUCUUUGACAGUUGCAAUUUGCCCAUAAAACUUUCUUGCUAGAGGUUAUCCGCAAACAAACCACUAAUUCAACCUCUUAGCUACAAUAUCUUCAUGUACGUUUUUGUCGAAAUCUCAAAAUCCAUCUCC